AUGGUUCCUCAACUUAACGUGGAUGAAGAUCCGAGUUCAAAAAUAUACGAAGUAAUUAAUGAAAUUGUCUAUCCAAUAUUCCUUACUAUAACACUUAUUUUCCAUUCCGUUCUGCUUGUAUUUAUCAUCUUUUUCUCACCAUCCCAUCUCAAUUUCUUAAAGUUUCUACUCUUAACAACAUCACUUUUAGAUGUUUUUGCAACUUCUAUAUUGUUCUAUAUUCAACCAAGAAUAUUAUCUGAAUAUCAAGUAAAUGUACCCGUCUAUUGCUAUGGACCAUGUCGAGAAAUGAACACACAAUUCUGUUUUUCACUCUUUAUGAUGUGGCAGACGGUAAGCAUUGCAGUUGGUAUAUCUCUGACCUACACUUUAUACUUCAAAUAUCAUAAAUUAAACUCAAAAGGUCCACUUUUCGGUUGGAAACUCGUCAGAUCUCUCUUCCUAUUCUACAUUCCAUGUUUGGUUUCUAUGUGUUGCGCUUUUGUAGUCGUUUUGCGAAACGUAUUACCAAACGAGGAACUAAAUAAAGAAAGUUUUUCUGAUACGAGAAUAGAAUUUACUAAAAUUGGGAACAUGAAAUUGGGUGAAUUACCAAAUAGAAUUAACUUUGCAAUGAUUGCUUAUGCAAUUUACUGUUCUCCUAUUAUCACCUUUUGGUUUCAUUGGAAAACUAACAAGUCCUUGAACAAUGCUUUGUCAGGCUCAUCGCCGUACCUUCGUUAUCACGCGAAAAAUGUUAUGAUGGGAAUUACAAUUCAAGUUGUUAUGCAUUUUAUUUUCUACAUUCCCUUUUUCACAUUGUAUUCUUAUUCACUUCUCACAGGAACAAAAAUCUUCGUUCAACAGUUUUUCAUGGCAAUGUCCCCGAAUCUUGCUGCAUCUUUCGAUCCACUCAUCAAUCUGUACUUCGUUGUACCAUAUCGUACCAAAAUCAAGUCCUGGUUCGGAAAGAAGCAUCAACAAACAAGCACCAUUCGCAUAGCUUCGCUGACUCCAUCUGGCUAUUUUUAG